AUGGACCCCUCGGAGUGGGAGCAAGUGGGCAGUGUCCGAGAUGCAGAGAGCAACGGAGUCAUGCGUCAGCUGGAGCGGUUCGUAUGGUUCAUGGUUCACUGCAGCGUGGGGGAAGACCUCCAUGUGCCGUGGCACAAGCUGCCCCGGCCGCCCUGGUGGCCGCGGCGCCUCCUCUUCAGGAUACACACCGGCGCCACCCCCACCCCCUCCACACGCUCUCUCCUCCAACGACUAGUGGAGCGCUGCUACCAGUACCACGGCUGCGAGUUUCUGCUGCAGUUCUGCAGGUCGCUGGUGCAGCACCGGCCUGCUACCGGCUACAGGUUCACUGAUAACAGGGACGGCACGACUGCAAUGCACCACACCGACACCGGGAAGCUGCUGGUCACCUUCAGGAACGAGAACAGGGAGUACGAGAAGCUGAUGGCCGGCAACAGCUCGCCUGUCAAGCCACUCUCUGUCAACCCCGUCACCAACAGACCACAGCUGUUGCCGCGGCGGGGGUCAGGGGGCGCCAUGGUGCGGGGGGAGGUGCAGGACGUCUUCCUAUGCGACCGCUGCGACCAGGAGUACACCUGCCUUGCUGACGUACAGGUGGCCCGGCUGCACGCGCUGGGGCUGACCCCCGCCCCCCACACGGGCCGUGCCCCCCACAGCUCCCCCACUAAGGUGUCGGGGGGUAAGGGGGUGCGGGGGGCGGUGUGGGGGGCGCCGCCCCCCCAUGUCAGGAAGGUGGCCAGGAGCAGCGCCUUCAGGUGCGACAGCGUCGACUUCUCCUCUCCGCUCGGCAGGAACCGAGGGCUGGCCCGCUGGGUCACAGUGUACCGCAGUCCUAAGCUGCCCUGGACCCACUCCUACAGCUUCAACAAGGCCCAGAGAUGUGACAGAUGGCUCACCAUUGAGACCGGUCUCGAUGCUCGGGCUCGGACCCUCCUGCACCAGCUGCGGCCCCCCAAAGUGGUCCUAAAGAGGGUCCCUAAACGGGUCAUAGACCGGUACUCGCGGCUGGGGGGACACCAAAGACCGGCCAUGUACAUAGACCUGACCGGAGAUGAGGGCGCCUUCAUGAACCAGUUUAUCGGGGGUGGAUCGAGUCUGGGUCUCGGUGGUGGUUCGAACCAUGAUCCCGGUGAAACUAACCGUGUUGUGUCUGGAACUGUGAUGCCCUAUGGAGCAAGUGGUAUGAUGCCGGCAAGUAGAACUCUAAGUGGAAGUUCCAUUCCCUUCAGCCAAGUCAUGCAAAUCGUGACCGGGAAUUGUAACUGGGCCAUUGCCCCCGGUUUCAUGGAGCAUGUUAUCGCUGGAGGGCAAGUCCCAGAUAACGUGAUAGCUCUUACCCUGCAGAAGCUGUUCUCUCCUACAGGACGUCUUGUUCAGCUCCUGAAGGAGGCUAUCAAUAACAACAACUUCCGUUCAAAAGCCGAAGAGGAAUACGGUACCUCGCAACCGACUCCACAGCAGCAGAACGCGUUGCUGAUUAAAUACGGCAUUCUUCAACAAGUUGCUUAUAAUAUCGGAGUCUCAGAUCUGAUGAUGAAUUUAGUGCUGAACCACGGUAAAGUCUUGAGUAACGCGUCGGAAAUGAUACGACUCACCUCCCUGCCGCCCAGUAUACCCAGGGUAACGCACCCCGAAGUGAGUUCGGUCCUUGCAAACGGCGGCGCCGGUCGUACGGUCCUACAGCGACAUCAGCUGCAACUUCUUCGGGAACACCAGCGUCAGAGUUUGUUGUUGCAGAGGUCCUCUUCAUCUCCAGGGACACCCCCACAACAUUUCAAGCCUGCUAGGCCUCUAGGUUCAACACAGUCUCUGGUUCAGUCUUCUCAAGUUCGACCUGAAACCAGCCGAGAUGACCAGAGUUUGGCUUCAAAAUCGAAAUCUUUCCCGCCGACGGGGCUUGUAGGUCCUAGACCGGUCCUUAGAACCCCUUUUGUUCAUAGACCAGGACCUAAAAGUCGUCGGAAAUAUCGUUUUCCUUUAUCCUGGAACAAAACACUUCCUGCCAACACAUCCCGUCAGGUUGAUAUCCCUAGCGACAACAACGACAUUCAAGUUUUGCCUUCAUCUUCAUCUUCCACUUCGUUGCUGCCGAUGCAUCAGCUGCCACAGUUCGCGGCGCUCCAUCAAUUGACGCCCAAAGUUUUCUCCGAUGAAGGCCUCAACGCCAGACUACAACAGGUGAUCAAACAGAACCUGCAGCAAAAUACAAGUGUUUUUUCCAACAUACAAAACCUGCAACAAAACCAAACCGUUUCUUCCAACCCUGCCGGUGGUUCAACCGUUUCUUUCAACCCUGCCGGCAGUUCAACCGUCGGUCUCCCAGACCCUAUUCAUCACGAUAAUGGCAUGUCAAUAAUAGACGUGAUUGAUCUCUCAAGUGAUGACGAGGUUGAAUGUAAAUCCCGGAAGCGAAUUAAGGAUCCUUUAUCAAUCGAGCAUCCUUCGGUCCAUGAUUCGUCCAAGUUUGGUUCUGAACUAACAACCUCUAGGAAUUCUCUCUCUGAUAAUAGAUUACUAACGACCAACAACAGUGGUGAUGUUAUAAGGAAUAACUCGGUGCCUUUCAAUCCUCGUUUACCUUUAAACGCUCCGUCUAACAACACUCAUUUAAAUAAAGAAGUGGCGUCAAAAAACGAGCGUAGCCAUUGGUCACAGUCUCCUGCUAACCUGUCAAAAGGAGAUCAUGUUUCCCGCAGUUCCGGGCCAGCAACUGCUGCACGUGUGACCAAUGGCGAAAGACCAACGAAAGGCGCUGUCUCGAGUUCAAUUUCU